AUGGAGAAUAUAGUGUUGUUGAACAACCCAGAGAGGAUGAACAUGAGGGUUCUGUGGAUGAAUCAGAUCGAGAAGAGCUGGGGUUUUAAGUUUGAAUCUUCAACUAAGAAAUCAGAGAUCGGGUUUGUCAAGAUUGAAGAACUGAAGUUCAGUUCAUUAGAGUUUGAAAAAGAACUGAAUCUUAGUGAGCAUUAUAAAAAUGGUCCUAGCGGUGAAUCGAAAAAGCUCAUUGUAGCUCAUUCUCUCUUUGUUGAGAGAAUGUUUCUGUCGUUACAUAAGGCCUUCGGCAACCCUACCUCUAGGACUCAGUUGAAGCUACAUGGUAUGUCAUUUACGGUUGAUAAGGGAUGGAUGAAAUGUCCUUGUAAGUCUGCUCAGUACAUAGAAGGUGUUAGGUCAUUUAUAGAGUUUGUUAAUAGAAAUGGUGGCGGAAAUACCUUAUUCUCAUGCCCUUGUAGUAGAUGUAAGAACUGUAAAGGAUUGGGGCCACUUAGUGAAAUUUCAUUGCAUUUGCUUAAGUAUGGUAUUCUUUAUACAUACACGACAUGGCGUUUUCAUGGGGAAAAGUUAGAAGUAGCAGCACGGUCACAUGUGGAUAACACUAGUAAUGGUGAUGUAGCCGAGAAUGUAGAAAAUAUUAAUCCUGGUAUAGGUGAGGGUGAAAAUUUAGGAGAUGUUGUUGAGGAUGAUGGUACUGCUGUAGUAGAUUACAAUAUUAGAAUAGAUAGUGGGGUUCAUAAUGAUGCUGGAACUAGGAAAAUGAAGAAAAAGGAAUUUGUCUAUGAGCGUGCAAAAGAACCAUUGUAUCCAUCGUGUCGUAAGGGAGUGACAGCAUUGUAUGCUUCCAUCAAGUUGAAUCACAUAAAGAUACAAUAUGGGUUUUCUGAUAAUGGUAUGACUGCACUCUUAGAGUUGAUGAAGGAGUUGCUUCCCGAAGAGAAUACACUGCCAUCUAAGUAUGCAGAAGUGGAAAAGAUGAUCCAAGAACUAGGAAUGGAUUAUAUAACAUAUGAUGCCUGUGUAAACGACCGUGUUUUGUAUUGGAAGGAUCAUGCAUCGCUGGUGAAGUGUCCUGUUUGUCAAGAAUCUAGGUAUAAGAAGGUUUUUAAUGAUGAGAGGAAGCUUACUACUGUUGUUCAGAAGACGGUUAGACAUUUUUCGUUGAUUACAAGGCUGAAAAGGUUUUACAACGAACCAUGGAUCGCGGAGGCAAUGACUUGGCAUUCUAGAGCAAAGUCAGAUAUAAACAUCAUGCGUCAUCCCAUCGAUUCUUCAGCUUGGCGAUGUGCUGAUAGUUUUUCGCCAGAGUUUUCCAAGGAACCAAGGAAUGUUACACUUGGGAUAUCAACUGACGAUUUCAAUCCAAAUGGGUGUUUCGGUCUUGCACGUUGUUGGCCGGUGAUUAUAUGUAUUUAUAAUUUGCCUUCUUCGUUGUAUAUGAAGCCGGAAUUCUCUUUGUUGUCGUUGCUGGUAUCAGGCCCAAAAGCACCCAGUAAAAACUUUGAUGUUUAUUUAGAAAUACUGGUAGAUGAGUUGAAGAAGUUAUGGGAUGGUGUACUAGCAUUUGACGCUUUUAGCAAAACUGAAUUUUUGAUGAGAUCAUGGUUGUUGUGGGGUAUUCACGACUUUCUAGCAUUAGGGACUUUAGCGGGAUAUGUAACUCAUGGAUAUUGUGUUUGUCCUACUUGUGGAGAAGACACUGUUGCUGAUUAUUUGCCAUUUACUAAGAAGAUCUGCUACAGGGGACACCGAAGAUGGCUACCAUCGAAGCAUAAGUAUCGCGAUGAUAUGACAAAUUUCGAUGGACAUGUGGAGCAUGGUACAGCUCCAUGGCCACUAACAGGGCUGCAGAUACAAGAGAUUGUAGGUAAACUCAGUUCCAAGAAGGGCAAGAGAAAACAACCAUCACAAGCAAGUCUCAAACGUAAAAGAAAAGCUGAUACCAACAAGGAACUUGAAGAUGACGGCAAUGUUGAAGAUGAGGGAUCAAAUGUGAUUCGCCAUAUUAUAGAUGUCAUGCACACAAAGAAGAAUAUAAUGGAGCAUCUUCUGAAUACUAUGAUGGGAAACAACAAGUCAAAAGAUAGUCCUGCUGCACGUCAAGAUAUGGAAGAUAUGGGGAUAAGAAAGAAGUUGUGGUUGAAAGAGGAUGCUGAGACUGGUAGAACAACAAUGGAAAAAGGAUCAUUUGAGAUGACGAAGAAGGAGAAAAUUGACUUUUGUAAAGUUUUGAAGAAUAUGAGGGUGCCUUUCGGUUUCUCUUCAAAUCUUCGCAACUGCGUCAGUGUUAAUCCUCCGGAGCUAAGGAAUUUUAAAUCUCAUGAUUACCAUGUAGUAAUGCAGCAUUUUCUUCCGCUGCUGGUUCAUACUGCAACAUCGCUACCUAAAGAGCUACGAGUAUCUCUUCUCCGAAUCAGCAUAUUUUUCAACAUUCUGUGCACGAAGGUUGUAAACCGAGAACAUCUGCUAAAAGCAAAAGCCAGCCUUGUAGAAGCAAUUUGUGUUCUGGAGAAACAUUUUCCUCCGUCAUUCUUUGUUAUCAGUAUUCACCUGAUGAUUCAUCUAGCAGAUGAAGCUUUAAACUCCGGUCCGGUGAGAUUCAGGUGGAUGUAUCCCUUUGAGAGGUUAAUGAAAGGUUUCAAAGGGUUAGUGCGCAAUAAAAGGUAUAUUGAUGGGUGCAUAACAAGAGGGUAUACGCUGUGA